GCCGGCGGCCGCUUCUUCUUCCUCCGCAAGCCUCGAAUUGAUAGCCCCCUCUCCUCCAUCCUCCUCUCCUCUCCUCACCUUUCCCAAAAUUAGCACCCGCCUCCCUCCGCCAAUCCCCACCACCGCCACCGACCUCAAGCCAAAUCCACCGCCGCCUCCUCCUCCUCCGCCUCGCUUCCCCCCCUUCCCCCUUCCCUUCCCUUCCUCGGCGUCCCCUCCGCACCGGCUUGUGGGGGAGGAGUAGGAGGAGGAGAUGGCCGCAGCGGCUGUCGCGUGCAGGCGCGGGCUGCUCCUGCAGCAGCUGCAGCAGCAGCUGUGGCAGGCGCACCGGUGGGUUGGCCCCGCGCGGAGCAUCUCGCAGCUCGUCAAGACCAACGGCCGCCGCGCCUUCCUCGUCGACACCCUCGCCCUGGUGAGGAAGCUGGAGUCGCAGGGCGUGCCCACGAAGCAGGCGGAGGCGAUCACCUCCGCGAUCACGGAGGUCCUCAACGACAGCCUCGAGAGCAUCUCCGAGUCCUUCGUCUCCAAGGCCGAGAUGCAGAAGGCUGAGAUGCUGCAGGAGUCCAAUAUCUCCAAGUUCAAGUCGCAAGUGCAGAGCUCGCAGGAAAACCAUUUCUCUUUGUUGCAGCGUGAGACUGAGAAACUCCGUGGAGAUAUUGAUAAGAUGAGGAGUGAACUGAAGUAUGAGAUUGACAAGGUCACUGCAGGUCAGCGGCUGGAUCUAAACCUUGAAAGAGGGCGCAUCCGUGAUGAACUCGCCAAGCAGAAUGAGGAAACUACAGAACUCACCACAAAGCUAGACAAGGAAAUUCACUCACUGAAAGCCCAGCUCGAGGCAGCAAAGUAUGAUGUCAUCAAGUACUGCAUAGGUACCAUUGUUUCGAUAUCAGCUGUUGGACUCGCCGUGCUCCGCAUUGUGAUGUGAAGCACAGAUACGUUCUUUCCUUUACCCAUUCAUCCAUGGAAACUGCAAGAAAGAGGAUAGGUUGUGAUUCUGUUCCUAGUUUUUUUGGAGGGGACAAAACGUGGUCAGGGGAAAUGUUGUACCAUCAUCCUAUUAGGGAGGAGAAAAGAGGUGGUUCCUCAAAACUUGUAAAAAUAGAUCGACCCGCAGGAGAAAUGCAGCAACCAAAAAUGAUUCUUUUACCUUUGUGUUUGUUGGAGCUUCUGAUAUUUGGUCAACAUAUGCUUCCUUUGUCUGUGAGACAGUGGGAGCCCACUUGUCACCUUAACACGCAAUGGGAAUCUAAUCCAGUUAUUAGCUGAGGGAACACUAGCUGUUACCUUUCCCUGCA